CGACUAUCACCUCCUAUAAAAUGUUCUGUGCCUACCACUAUCAAAUUCGGGCUGCUAGUAAACAGAUGGAAGUGAAAGUUCAGAAAUGUAAUAAAAGUUAAUGGAGCAUAUAUCAAAAACGUUGAGUAAAACUUAGUAUCUACCUGUCUUAACGUAAUAAUAUUUGAAUAAUGUAUUAUCAAGAACUUAAUGGAAAUAUUACUAAAAAAAGGACAGUAAAUUUACUGAACAAAGCACCUGAUAAGGAAAUUGUAAGUGAUUCGAAAGAAAAACUAAGUAAAGUUUCGGUUUCUAAUGGCCGAAUCAUCGCGCUUGUUUUUUUAUCACUUCUAUUGGAUUUAUUAGCUUUUACCAUGAUACUGCCGCUUCUUCCAACACUACUUGAUUACUACAAUAGAGAGGAAGGUCAUGGAGACAGUUUAUAUUCAUCCCUACUUCAAGCAGUUAAAAGUUUCCAAAAAUUAACUGGAGCACCAGAUCAAUUUGCCUCGGUUUUGUUUGGAGGGGCUCUUGGCUCAAUGUAUAGUUUUCUACAGUUUUUGACAAGCCCUAUUAUUGGAAGUUUGUCUGAUGCUUAUGGUAGAAAACCCUUGCUCCUGUUUUGCUUGAUUGGUAUAGCAAUAUCCCAUGCACUUUGGAGCUAUGCAAGUACAUUUAGUUUGUUUGUUUUGGCACGCUUCAUUGGUGGAUUGAGUAAAGCCAAUGUUAGUCUCAGUAUGGCAAUUGUUACUGAUGCUUCCAGCGAAAAAACCAGAGCAAAGGGAAUGGCUUUAAUAGGAUUAGCUUUCUCCGUUGGAUUUAUAGUGGGCCCAUUAGCUGGAGCGUGGUUUGCAAAAAGCAGCGAAAUUUCAUCUGGUGCCUGGGGAGAGAAACCAGCUUAUUGUGCUCUAACUCUUGCCUUAGCGAAUAUUUUUGUUGUACUGCUAUGUAUACCGGAGACUUUACCUAAAGAAAAACGUGCACCUCUUUCGCUCACGAUUUCUAAAUCUGUGGAUUAUGUCUCACCUUGGCAUUUACUAAGAUUUACGGCGGUAAAGAAACUAUCUUCUCACCAAAACAAAGUCCUUAACAAGCUGGGUCUUAUUUACUUCUUAUAUUUGUUUAUAUACUCGGGCCUCGAGUUUACUAUAACAUUCCUAACUCACCAUACAUUUGGUUACACCGCAAUGCAACAAGGGAAAAUGUUUUUGGUUAUAGGUUUAAUAAUGGCCGUACUACAAGGCGGCGCGGCCCGCAGGCUCGGUACAGUUGGCGCCGAGAAAGCUGCGCGCGCGGCGUUAGCGCUCACGCCUCCGUCAUUCCUAUGCGUCGCCUUAGCUGCGCUGACGCAUUCAACAAUCGUAACGCCCAAUACCUGGCUGUGGGUCGGCCUUGUAUUGUUCGCCGUGUCGACUGCGUUCGCAGUAUCAUGUAUGACGUCGAUGGCCGCGGGGCAGGCCCCGGAGGAGGCGCGCGGCGCGGUUUUGGGAAGUCUGCGCUCUUUGGGCGCACUCGCUAGGGGAAUAGGCCCCAUGAUUGCUGCAUCAGUUUACUGGUGUUCGGGUGCAGCGACCACUUACACUAUAGGAUCAGUAAUUUUGAUAAUUCCAGCUGUGAUGAUUUAUAGACUGAAGACAUGAAAUGUACCUACCUUAGCAUUCACGUCCAAUUUACUCUUUUUACAACAAGCAAUAACUUUAGAAGUAAGUCGUAAUGAACAAUUCCAUUUAUUUAUUUUUUGUUAUUGUUUUACACACUUUUUGCUCUAUUUUAUAUUUUUAUCUUAAAAAACUAUUUUGUGAAUAUAUCUCGAAUAACAGUAUUAAAUUUGUUUCUAAAUUAAGUUUUGGUUUUAUUUAUUCUAAACUAUGAUUCUUCGUUUUUACCAUAUGGAGAGUCCUAAUAAUGACCUGAUUUUUGUAGUAGACCUGAGGUCCUAACAAUGACCUAUGUGCUACCUUGCCCCUUUUACCCCCAUCUCUCUGAUGCGCCACAUCAAAAACCAUCGGCACAACACAUCGCGACACAAAUGUAAUACUAAAUGUAUGAAACCGAUACCCAUCUGACGCGUCACAAUCACAACACAACACAUCAGCUAAGUGAAGUUAGAUAUUGAUUUCUUCAGUGAUGGCUCCCUCAGUAAGUG